UGUGCAGAAAAUGAGUGUGUGGGUGGGAGUGAGUUUGUGUGCGUUGGUGUGAGUGUGUUCUUCACUUGUAUGCAAGUGAGCCAGGAGGAGAGAGCGAAAGAGUCUGCCCUUUAAAAAGAGAUGUACUCAUAUUCGCUCGUUUGAGUUUAAAAGACAUUUUCAGCUGCCUGGGCUGCACUUGGGUGGGAGCCAUCAUGGAGAGAGCUGUGGUGCAAAUCACCCUCUUUGGGCUGCUGCUGGCUUUGGUUACCACACUGCCAAACAAGGAUGACUGGGACAUCUACAGCUUUCACAUCAACUCCACAGUAACCAGUCGCUAUGCCACCACUGUCGUUACAAGCCGCGUGGCCAAUCGAAUGGACGAGUCGAAGGAAAUAGAAUUCCAAGUCCGGAUUCCCAAGAAUGCCUUCAUCAGUAAAUUCAGAAUGUUUAUAGAUGGGGAGAUGUAUGAUGGUGUUGUGAAAGCUAAGGAGCAAGCUCAGCAGCAGUACACUGAGGCUGUGUCCCGCGGACAGAGUGCUGGGAUUGUCAGUUCUGUGGGAAGGACCCUGGAAGAAUUUAAGACUUCUGUGACUGUGGCUGCUCACAAAAAGGUGACUUUUGAACUCACAUAUGAGGAGCUGCUCAGACGCAGGCUUGGCAACUACAAGCUGCAAAUCCACGCUCGCCCCAUGCAACCUGUCAAGGACUUCAAGGUUGAUGUAUACGUUCAUGAGCAAGCCCACAUCAAUUUCAUUAAGGUUCAAGGAGGACUAAGCACCAAAGCUCUGGCUAAUGCAAUCACAUUAACACAUGCAGACAAACAGGCGUGGGUGUAUUUCUACCCUACAGAGGACCAACAGAAAACAUGUGACAGCUGUGGAGAGCAGGGAAUGAAUGGAGAUCUAGUUAUUGUUUAUGAUGUCAACAGAGACACCUCACUGGGAGACCUUAAGAGAUCAAAUGGGUACUUUGUUCAUCACUUUGCUCCAAGUAGUCUGACCCGCAUACCAAAGAACGUUGUCUUUGUUAUUGAUCAAAGUGGCUCCAUGCAUGGCAGAAAAAUACAACAGACAAGAAUAGCUUUAAUCCGUAUCUUGAAUGACCUGGCAGCAGAGGACUUCUUUGGUCUCAUAACUUUUGAUAGCAGCAUUUUUUACUGGAAACGACGACUUCUUCAGGCCAGCAUGGAAAACCUGCAUAGUGCCAAGAAAUUUGCAGAGGCUAUUACAGACAGAGGAGCCACUGACAUCAACCAAGCAGUGUUGGAAGGAGCGCGCAUGUUGAAUGCACAUCCUAGAGAAGGUUCAGCGUCCAUCCUAAUACUUCUCACUGAUGGAGACCCAAAUUCAGGUGUGACAAAUCUGGAAAAAAUACAGUCAAAUGUUAGAAAAGCCAUCGCAGACGAGUUCCCACUCUACUGUCUUGGCUUCGGUUUUGAUGUGAAUUUCAAGUUCCUUGAGACGAUGUCGCUGCAGAACAACGGUGUGGCACGACGGAUUUAUGAGGACACUGAUGCUGAUUUACAGCUGAAGGGUUUCUAUGAAGAGGUGGCCACUCCUCUGUUGACAGAUGUGGCUAUGAUAUAUAUGGGUGGGACCAAUUUAACCAAGACUAACUUCAGUCAGUAUUACAAUGGCUCUGAGAUUGUAGUGGCCGGUCAGAUCCUUGACAACGACGUUGAAACCUUCAUUCCACAAGUUGUGGCAAUCUCGGGGACUAGAACGGUGAGGUUUUUGGGCACAAAUGCCACUGAGACCGUGUCUGACGACCGCAUCCAGAGGGUCUGGGCCUACCUCACAGUCAAACAGCUUUUGGAGAAAGAGCUGCAGUUAUCUGAAGCGGAGAAGGAUAAAGUGAAGAAAGAGGCCUUGGAGCUGUCGCUGAAGUAUAGCUUUGUGACCCCACUUACAUCCAUGGUGGUCACCAAGCCUCUUGGAGAGAGCACAGAUGUGCUCCAUAAACCAAGGGAAGGUGGACCAGCAGGGUUCGGAGGUCCCUUAAGACAUACUCUAGACUCCUUAAUGCUAAGCUCUGGCAGGAGAUUUCAUGGGAUGAGCCAGAGCCCACCUGUGAAGGGAGUUCUUCGUAAUAUUCCUCGUACCCCUACAGUUGUCAGGAAAGGGCAGGCUGACAAUGUCUUCAUGCGUCAUUUACCACAGCCGAAAACAGUAACUGUACCUCUAGGUUAUUUAUAUAUGCCAGCUGAUUAUAUGCCUGAAGAAGAAGAAGAAGAAGACGAAGACUCAGUAUUCCUUUUGCAGGCUACUGAUGCUGCUACUGCUACUACUACUACUACUACUACUACUACUACUACUGUUCCUCUUUCCCACAGGUUUUUUGUAAAAGCUGACAACCUUUCUAUUCCACUGUGCUUCGAUGUCUCUGGAAAGAUACGCCUUACACUACUUCACAGCAGGGAGCUGUCCGUGAGCGGGGACCUUGAUUCCGUGGCAAAUGGAGGCUUCACAAAUAUCACCAUCCACUUCAAUACAGAACAGCACAUUAAGAUUGACACUGAUGAAAUCAUUGUACGAGAUGGACAGAAAGUGACACGCCACACUGGAGAGGAGAUCAUCACAGCUGGAAGUUUGACAGUGAUUAAGCGGAACACGGAAGUUGAUGUUGCAGCCGGAGACAUACGCAUUGUCAUCUUACUUCAUAAGACGGGUGGUGAGGAAUUCCUGUGGCCGGUUAUAAGACAGCAGUCAUCUGACAACAACACUGAAGGAAUUUUAGUUCUAAAGCCAGCAGUUGUUGAGGAGGUGCAGCAAACUCCCUUAACAAAACUUAAGAUCAAUGACCAGGAGAUUCACGUCAGCAGAUCCAGUGCGGCCGACUACAGUCAUUUCCUUGCCCCAACACUGCCCUGCUGGCUCAUAUCUGCUGAGGAUGCACUGCAGAGACCCCUGGAUGAUUUCAUCGUCACACACCUUUAACUGGAGACGAUGUUGAAUCGCUUGAAAGUACUCAAAUGAAAUUGAGGCAAAGGCCGAUUCACCAUGUAUUAGCAUAAACAAAUAAAUGGUAUCCCAGAUA